CAAACCAGUUUUCUUCAUUCCUGUAUAUGAACCCGUACAUAUAUCAACAUUAAUCAUUGACUUCAAGAAAAUCUGGAUCCACUUAUAAUAAAAACUAUGUAAUAAAAUUUAUCAACAUAAACAAAAAUCCUCGGUGGUGAAAAAAAAAAAAAUUUUUUUAUGAAUUCUUAUUUAAUUGAAUAUUAAAAUUAAUUUUUUUUAAAUAAAAUGACAACGUUUAUGGUGUUUAUAACGACAGUGAUUGUCAUAGCAUUAAUGAGAAUUCUCAUCCAGGUGUUUAAGUUUUUCAAGUUUUGUACGGAUAUUAAUAAACUUCCUGGUCCAGCUAGAUAUCCUUUACCGACAGUUUCUCUUCAAAUCAAAAAAAUUAAGCAUGAAGAUCGUUUCAAAUGGUUUAGCAAUUUGAUUGCGAAAUAUAGAAAAGGAUUCAUGAUGAAUAUUUUACAUCUCAAUGAAGCUAUAAUUCACAUAUACAAUCCUCGGCACAUGGAGAUCAUUUUCCCGAGUACAGAAAAUAUAAAAAAAUCCUUUUUCUACGACAAUCUCAAUAUCUGGUUAGGUCAAGGUCUUCUCACUUCUUCUGGACAAACAUGGUUUCAUCAGAGAAAAUUAAUUACGCCAGCAUUUCAUUUUGGAGUAGUUGAGCAAUUUGCUGAGGUCAUGUCAGAAAAAUCGAAAAUAUUAACGGAAAUAAUUGACGAGACACUUCGCGAGAAUCCAGGAAAGCCAAUUGAUAUUUUCAAACUCAUUAUCAGAUGUGCUCUUGACAUUAUUUGUGAAACGGCAAUGGGAGUGGAUAUGAACGUACAAAGAAAAUAUGAUACCGAUUAUAUGAACGCGCUUCAUAAAGUCGCUGUGACAUCUGUCGAUAGAGUGAAUUCUCCAUGGUUAAAAUGGGAUUGGAUUUUUUAUCGAACAAAACAAGGCAAAGAAGCAAAAUCUGCAUUCGAAACAAUGAUUGAUUUCACAAUGUCUAUUAUCAAGAAGAAAAAAUUAGCCCGAUUAUCAAAAAUUAAUGAAAAGAUCAACGAAAUAGAUUUAGACGAAUUCGGUAAACGAAAAAGGAAAGCCUUUUUGGAUCUUUUAUUAGACGUUAAUGAGAAUGAAAAAGUUCCUAUGACCGAAGUUGAAAUAAGAGAGCAAGUGGACACGUUUAUGUUUGCUGGCCACGAUACCACGGCCGCUGCAAUAAACUGGGCGAUAUUCAAUCUUGGUAAUAAUCCCGAAGUUCAAGAGAAAAUACAUCAGGAAUUAGAUGGACAUUUCGGUAAUUCUCAGGGACCAAUCACCUUAAAGGAUGUUGCAGAACUCAAGUGUCUCGAUCGGGUUGUCAAAGAAACUCUUCGAAUGCAUCCAUCUGUACCUCAAAUUUCACGACGAUUGACCCAAGAUAUUGUCCUAGAUGGAUACAAAAUUCCCAAAGGAUGCAAUGUUUCAAUGGCAAUUUACCAAUUGCAUCAUAAUCCCGAAGUUUGGCCGGAUCCAGAAAAAUUCGAUCCAGACAGAUUUUUGCCAGAAAAUUCUCGAGGUCGUCAUCCGUACGCCUAUGUUCCAUUUAGCGCUGGACCAAGAAACUGCAUUGGACAAAAAUUCGCCGUAGCCGAACAGAAAAUUGUUCUCACAUCAAUUUUAAGAAAAUGGCGAGUUAAAAGUGCAAGAACACCCCAAGAAAUGAAACUAAUCUCUAGUUUUAUUUUAAGACCCCACGACGGAAACCCAGUGUACUUCAUUCCAAAAUGAAUUAGUUUUUAUUUAUUUUAUUUCAAAAAUGUUUAAAAAAAAACUGCUUUUUAAAUAUUAUACCUAAAUCUUUUAGUAAAUUAGGAAAUUAGAAACUUAAAAUCUUAAACUUUGUAAAAUAUUUUACAAGUAUUUUAUUUAACGAAUUUACGAAAUUUUUGUAUAAAGACUAAAUUAAAAUUUACACAUUAGAAUCAA